CGGGGAACGUUGAAUCUGUGGGCCCUCUGAUGGCGUCAUAAUCCCGCGCCUGAACCUGGCUCCGGCUGAAGCGGCGAAGGCGGCAGCGGCGGCGACAGCUCUGGGGUUCGCGUCUCGGGGUGUGUCGGCCGCCGCUGCUGCUCCGGCCUGGUAUGUACAGAUGGCUGGCUAGGGUUCUCGGCACCAUUCUCCGCUUGUGCGAGCGGCCCGCGCCCGGGGCUCGCGCCCUGCUCAAGAGGCGGCGCUCGAGCAGCACUCUGUUUUCUACUACAGUGGACACUGAUGAAAUCCCAGCUAAAAGACCAAGAUUAGAUUGCAUCAUUCACCAAGUGAAAAGCGGUUUCUACAAUGCUGCGAGUUUACUUGGAUUCCCAUGCCAGCUGACCACAAAACCCAUGGUGUCUUCUGCUUGUAAUGGAACACGGAAUGUGGCUCCUGCAGGAGAGGUAUUUUCGAGCUCUUCAUCUUGUGAACUGACGGGUUCUGGAUCCUGCAACAGCAUGCUGAAACUGGGUAAUAAGUCUCCUAAUGGAAUAAGUGACUAUCCAAAGAUCAGAGUGACAGUGACCCGAGAUCAGCCACGUAGAGUCCUGCCUUUUGGUUACACAUUGAAAUCAGAAGGCUAUAAUAGAAGACCAAGUGGUCGUCGCCAUAGCAAAAGCAAUCCAGAGAGUUCCUUAACAUGGAAACCUCAGGAGCAGGGUGUAACAGAGAUGGUUUCGGAAGAGGGUGGCAAGGGUGUGAGGCGUCCCCAUUGCACAGUAGAGGAGGGUGUCCAAAAGGAUGAAAGGGAGAAAUACCGAAAGUUAUUGGAGCGACUUAAAGAAGGUAGUCAUGGAAACACUCUCCCUCCCGUAUCUUCACAUCAUAGUUCUCAGAGAAGUCAGAUGGACACAUUAAAGACCAAAGGCUGGGUGGAGGAGCAGAGUCACGGAGUCAGAACAACCCACUUUGUUCCGAAACAGUACAGAGUUGUUGAAACAAGGGGACCUCUCUGUUCAAUGAGAAGUGAGAAGAGGUACUCAAAAGGGAGAGCUGACACAGAGAAGGUGGCGGGACUCCGAUUUGAAAAAGAAGGUUGUGUGUUGUAUGUCCAAGAGGAACCAAGUCAAUGUUGGAACUCUUUUGGUCAGACAAGGGUUCACCAAUUGGAACCUGAUCUGUCAGAAGAAGUGUCUGCUCGGCUGCGCCUUGGAAGUGGGAGCAAUGGCUUACUCAGGAGAAAAGUGUCCGUGCUUGAAGCGAAGGAAAAGAACUUGCCGAGCCGAGAAAAGGAGAGAAGAUCAGAUCUCUUUGAGCUUACAGAGGACAUGGAAAAGGAAAUCAGUAAUGCCCUGGGCCAUGGUCCACCAGAUGAGAUCUUAAGCAGCGCUUUCAAAUUGCGAAUUACUCGAGGAGAUAUCCAGACUUUAAAGAACUAUCAGUGGCUCAAUGAUGAGGUCAUUAAUUUUUACAUGAAUCUUUUAGUGGAAAGGAGUAAAAAGCAAGGCUAUCCAGCACUUCAUGCAUUCAGUACGUUCUUCUAUCCUAAAUUAAAGUCUGGGGGUUACCAAGCAGUGAAAAGAUGGACCAAAGGGGUAAAUCUCUUUGAACAAGAGCUUGUUCUGGUACCUAUUCAUCGGAAGGUGCAUUGGAGCCUUGUGGUGAUGGACCUAAGAAAAAAGUGUCUUAAAUAUCUGGAUUCUAUGGGACAGAAAGGCCACAGGAUCUGUGAGAUUCUUCUUCAGUAUUUGCAGGAUGAAAGUAAGACCAAAAGAAAUACAGAUCUCAGUCUCUUAGAGUGGACCCACUACAGCAUGAAGCCACAUGAGAUUCCUCAACAAUUGAAUGGGAGUGAUUGUGGAAUGUUUACUUGUAAAUACGCAGAUUAUAUUUCUAGGGACAAACCUAUCACAUUUACUCAGCACCAGAUGCCUCUCUUCCGGAAGAAGAUGGUGUGGGAAAUCCUCCAUCAGCAGUUGCUGUGACAAUGCCCUGCCCUGGGCCUUCUAGCUGUUGGUGGUUCUUUCAUGGAUGUUUCCAUAUACCUCAUGCAUUGUGGGUCAAAAAGUCCCCGUAUCAUUUCUAUUCUCACAGGUACUGAGCUAUCAAGAGUGCAUGAAGGCCUCUCCACAGUAGCUCUGACUCGAGGUGUGGAGGGGCUGCUUGCAACCCUGUUUGUAAGGCUGUGCCUGCUCAGAGUCCUGGACUGUUCACCCCAUAAAGAACAAAUGCUAAUUAAUGUUUUUUGUUUUCAAGAGUUAUUUCCAUAUGAAUGUGGGAAAUGCAGGACUUGUUCUAUGAAUUGUUGUUUCUGUAUAUUUGUCCGUGUGUACUCACUCACCGCUCAUUUGCAAACACUGGGCAGUGCCCUUCCUCACUGCUCCUUAUAAUUAAUGAUAAAUAAUUUGUUUGAACUAUUUAUUUCUGAAAAGAAUGUUAAUCAGACUUGCCACUCCCUGCUGCAGAGGGACGAAGCGGGUGUUCACUAGCUUCUCUGAUGCUGGAGUAGGAACUGCCGACAUGGUUAAAGUUCUCUUUUGAGACUUGAAGAUGCAGAAGAAAUGACGAUGCUGUUGUAGGGAUCUGCUGCCUUUUAGAGAAGCACAGUGCGUGGAGAUAUGGCCAAGGAACUCAGUCUGUGCAGCCUCAGAACAGCGUGUGCUCAUCUUAGAGACUUCCUUUUCUAGAACUGAAGUAGCUUGGCUUCCUCUUGAAACUGGAUUCAAAGUAACUGUGACCAUAAAUGUUUCAUCGUAGGUGUGGUUGAGUAUGAACCUCACAAUGGUAAAGGGCUGGCCUGAACUGUCUAUUUCAGAAGAUGCUCCUCAAUUUAUGCCUAUUUUUCCUUAGAGUUUUUUAAUAUAUAUAUAUAUAUAUAAAACUGAAAUUAAGUUCUCGGCUCAUUAGCAUGCCCUACUCCAGUCCCACUGAGCCUCCGGAGAGAGAUUUAGUACCUGGCUCUGAGGUUGCCCAUUUUACAGUCAUCUAUUUUGCAUAUGAAAGUUUGUAUUUAACUUUUUUGUUCAUUAAAAAUCUUACAGAUGUGGUUAUGCAUUUUUAAUUUCAGAAAGUUGGUCAGAGCAUAUUGCAAGACCUAGUGCCUAGUGUUGCUUUUAUGAUGUAAUAAAAGACUGUCUGGCAGAACCUAGAAUAUAUGCUGAUAAUUCCUCCUCUCUUCAACUUCCACCUUCCCAACUUGUUCUGGUACAGAAAGAAGAAAUAAACUUAGCCGGGCGGUGGUGGCACAUGCCUUUAAUCCCAACACUCAG